AUUCAGUGUAGUUCCGUUUGUGGCGCAGACACCGAGGAGGAUAUCUUUUCCCUGGGACAUCUUCAAACAUUUUCAUUUUUGUGAGGGAAUGAUGCAGGGAUCCUGAAAUGCGAGUGUGAGAUGUUAUUGCUUCCGAAAGUGUGGAUAAUUACCGCUGCCACGUUGAUGACUUCAACUAAAGUGGGUCCUAGGAGAAGCUCCUGCUGCAUUCAUAAACACUUCUUUAGGACUCACAACAACCCCUGAGCUUUGUUUGUAGCUCAACAAAAGUACCCUCUAAAUUUUGCUGUGUCGUUUGGAUGAUAAAGACCGAGCCGACUCCGAUCAAUAUGGAGGAUCCAGGUGGAGUUUUCAGGCUCCGAGAGGAGCAUGAAAAGGUGGUGAAGGACUGCAAACGUCGGAUUCAGCAUUGGGAAAAGGUCUCCGGUGAUUACGAAGCCCUGAAAGAACGCCUCGAAACGCUGCCGGAUAGGCUGUCUUAUGACAUCAUGGUGCCGUUCGGCCCGAUGGCCUUCAUGCCUGGGAAGCUGGUACAUUGUAACGAGGUCACCGUGCUGCUUGGCGACAACUGGUUUGCUAAGUGCUCCACCAAGCAGGCUGAAAAAAUCGUCGACCACAGGCUGAAGUAUGUGAAGAAUGAACUGUGUGGUCUGUCCAAGACGAUGACGAACUUUGAAUCGAGAGUAAAAAUGGUGAAAGACUUGGAAAAUAUCGUAAAUGAAAAAGGGGACUAUGUCGACAUCAGAGAGGUGAUUGGAAACAAUGAUGACACCCUCACAAAAGGAAAGCGUCGAAUGGCUCACAGGCCAAAUUCUAAACCCAAAUUGGAAACGGUGUUGGAUUUGGAAGAAGAAUCCGAAGGCAGUGGCAGCGCCCAACAAAACGGAAGCACUCGGAGUGUCAUGACCCAGGAGGAGUUAUGGGCUCGACUGGAUGAAUUGGAGAAAAUCGAGGAACUCCAAAAUGAGCGGGACAGCUUGUCUGAUAACGUCGCCAGCGAAGACACAUCCUCCUCUUCCUCGGAGGAGCAGAACGAAAGCGACUCCCCUCCUCCGGAGAACGGACAUGCCGUGAAACCCCAAGAUAUCACGCCCCCCAGUGGAGAAGCCAAAGAAGAAUACGACGAUGAGCACUACAAUCUGCCGACCAUUUAUUUUUCCCACACGGUCGAACCCAAGAAGGUCAGAAUCAACACCAGUAAAAACACCACUUUAAAGUUCAGCGAACGGAAAGAACAGAAGGACCACUCAAAAAAGAAAAAGAGAAACGGUCAUCAUAACGGACACGCUCAUCACGAAGUUCAUAAAAUCCAAACGCCUGUUGACAUCUACAGGUUGUUUGUGGACGUUAAGGACGGAGAACCCGUCCCCAAAAAGUCCAUCUUGAAGUCGCGCAGCCGCGAGAAUAGCGUGUGCAGCGACACGAGCGAGAGCAGCGCCGCCGACCUAGACGAGCGGCGGCUGACCGCGCGCAGUUUUAGCCACGACGAGAGCGCGCCGAGCGACAACAGCGACAGCCUGACGGAGGAGGACGGCGCCAAGGGAAUGCCGUCGCAUCCCGGCAGACAGUUUGAGGCCUUCUCGGGUACAGUGGUAGAAAAAGACCCAAUGCCCUCUUCGGUUCCGUUACUUACCAUCGGUCCUCCGGCGCUGCCGACCAUCAUUGAGUGGAAGCAGGAGGACAUAGCACCCGACGCGGAUGUUCCUCAGGCCCCUGUAAAACGGGUUUCCAAGUUCAAAGCUGCCAGGAUGCAGCACAAAUAACACGGUGGGAUUUUUUUUUUUCUGUGCAGAACGCAAAUGAUCUCGACUAAAACAACAACCCGGUGUCUGUCGGUAUAAAGGUUAGCCAACUUCUAAAAUGUGGGUUCUCUCUUUAUCUCUUGCUAUUUGGUUCGCUUCAUGCUCUUAAUUGUUUUGUAGUACUGUAAGCUUUGCCUCUUAGCCUGAUUUUUAUAAAUCACGUGCCCUUGAGAUUACCUUUUUCCUAAUUCAAAAUUUUGUGUAUGUUUACCUUUGGUUGUACCGCCCUUUAAGUUGAAACAAAAAUGAAAAGAACAAUAAAUGAUUUUGCUUACAAGUCAAACAA